AUGAUAACUCAGAGAGGGGUAGAAGCUAACCCGGAGAAGUGCCAGGCAAUACUCCAGAUGAAGAGCCCGGGUUGCAUCAAGGACGUCCAGAGGUUGGCAGGACGGUUAACCUCACUAUCUCGAUUUCUCGGGGCUUCGGCGACAAAGGCCCUGCCAUUUUUCAACCUCAUGAAGAAAGGGAUGGCGUUUGAGUGGACACCCGCAUGUGAAGAAGCCUUUCAACGCUUCAAGGAAAUCCUGGCGGCACCUCCCGUUCUCGGGAAGCCAAAGGAUGGGGAACCACUAUACCUAUACCUCGCUAUAACAAGCGAAGCCCUGGCCGCAGUUCUGGUACGGGAGGACGGGAAAGCUCAACAGCCAGUCUAUUUCAUAAGCAGGGCCCUGCAAGGGGCAGAAUUAAGAUAUAGCAAGUUGGAGAAGCUAGCCUUAGCACUCCUAACUUUCUCGAGAAGGUUAAAACAGUACUUCCAAAGUCACCAAGUUGUCGUCAGGACGGACCAAGGGAUCCGGCAAGUUCUCCAAAAACCCGAUCUGGCGGAAAGAAUGAUGACUUGGUCCAUCGAACUCUCCCAAUAUGAUAUACGGUACGAGCCCCGGCAAGCCAUCAAAGCGCAAGCCAUGGCGGAUUUUUUAGUUGAAGUAACGGGAGACCCAGGCGAAGACAUGGGAACACGGUGGAAGCUCCAUGUGGACGGAGCCUCCAACCAGACCUUCGGAGGUGCCGGGAUCAUCCUGGAAAGCCCGAUUGGGGUCGUAUAUGAGCAGUCGAUUAGAUUCGAGUUUCCCAUCUCGAACAACCAAGCCGAAUACGAAGCCCUCAUUGGAGGCUUAGCCUUAGCGGCAGAGGUCGGCGCGAGAAGGCUGGAUAUAUGCAGCGAUUCCCAAGUCGUCACUUCCCAAGUAAACGGUAGCUACCAGGCCAAAGACCCCUUGCUACAAAAGUACUUGGAAAAGGUUAAAAGCUUGAGUCAAAAGUUCGAAGAGAUCACGGUCCAUCACGUACCCAGAGAAAGAAACACACGGGCAGAUCUCCUGUCAAAGCUAGCCAGCACAAAGCCAGGGGAGGGCAACCGAUCUCUCAUCCAAGGCAUGACAAGAGAACCGGCAAUCACACUGCACGUGACGAGCCUAGGUCCUUCAUGGCUAGACCCCAUCAUCAGCUUCCUAGAACACGGCCAAGUCCCCGGUGAUAAAAAGGAUGCGGCGAAGUUAAGGAGAGAAGCGGCCAAAUACGCCGUCAUCCAAGGACAGCUAUUCAAGAAAGGGCUCAGCCAACCCCUACUGAAGUGCCUACGCCCCGACCAGACGGACUACGUCCUCACGGAAGUCCAUGAGGGCUGCUGCGGGCACCACAUCGGAGGCAAAGCCCUAGCAAGGAAAUUAAUCCGAGCUGGAUACUACUGGCCGUCGAUGAUGGCAGAUUCCAAAGAGUUUGUCAAAAGGAAAUUCAUGUGGAGGCAGGUAAUAACACGAUUCGGGAUACCGGAAGUCGUCAUCUCUGACAAUGGUACACAGUUUACUGACAAAAAGUUCACAGAAUUUCUCAGCGGCCUGGGUAUAAGGCAAAGGUUCUCUUCGGUAGAACACCCCCAGACGAACGGACAAGUGGAGUCCGCCAACAAAGUUAUCCCUUCAGGGCUAAAGAAGAGGUUGGACAACAAAAAGGGUGCUUGGGCCGACGAGCUAGCAUCGGUCCUCUGGUCUUACCGAACAACCGAGCAAUCCUCCACCAAGGAAACCCCUUUCCGACUAACAUACGGGGUGGAUGCAGUAAUACCCGUAGAGAUCGGUGAACCGAGUCCGCGGUUGCUUUUGAAAGGAGUAGAGGAAACCGUGGAAAAGGACUUGAUAGAUGAAGCCCGGGCAAUGGCCCAUGUGACAGAAACGGCACUGAAGCAAAGAAUGGCUCUGCGCUACAACACCAAAGUGCUCAAAAGGGAGUUCGAGCCAAACGACCUCGUCUUAAGGCGAAAUGAUAUCGGCCUGCCGACCCCUGGAGAGGGCAAGCUAGCGGUAAACUGGGAAGGCCCCUACAGAGUCAAAAAGGUGAUGGGAAAAGGGGCCUUUAAGUUAGAAAAACUUGAUGGCAAGGAGGUCCCGAGGACAUGGAACGCGGACAACCUUAGAAGAUUCUACUCCUAG